AUACCAACGCGUGUGGUGGCAUCUAUUAUAUCAAGCUUCAAUUUGAAAAACCAUAACGAUCUUUUACUGACGCACGCCUGUCAUAACCGGUACAAUUUGUUACAAUAAUUUCAACUUGAUUUAAUUGAUACUUAUUGUUACAAACAGUGAACUGACUUAUAUAACAAUGAAGCCCGCACGUUCGAAAACUCCAGCUCGUCGGCCAAUCGGUCGGCCAAAGGGAUCGAAUAUGAUGUCUAAAGAUCCUGUGCAAGUUUAUUGUCGUUUACGGCCAAUGCAAUCUCCAACGGAUGUAUCGUGCAUGAGAGUUACAUCUGAUAUGACUGUAGUGAUAACGCCUCCGGAAUCAGCAGCCAAUUUUCGUACUAUAACUAACAGGGAGAUACAAACGACAUUCAGUCAUGUAUUUAUGUCCGAUGUGACGCAGAGGGAGAUAUUUAAAACUGUUGCCCUUCCCCUUGUUGAGAAUCUUAUUCAUGGAAAAAAUGGUCUCUUGUUUACAUACGGUGUAACAGGUAGUGGUAAAACGUAUACAAUGACUGGGGAACCACAGGAUGCUGGUAUUAUGCCUCGGUGUUUGGAUGUUAUUUUCAAUACUAUUGCGAAUUAUCAAACGAAAAAGUUUGUCUUUAAACCAGAUAAAUUAAACGGUUUUGAUAUACAAAGCGAGGCUGAUGCCAUGCUGGAUAGGCAGCAUGAACUUCACGCAGGUCUAUCACAAAGAGCAAGACUCGGCAAACAUCGUAAAAUAGACAGCGAUGGAGAGAGUAAUCCAACGCUAGCUCAUGAACGUAACGAAUCACAAAGCGUGACAGUUGAACCAGAUAAUGCAUAUGCUGUAUUUAUCACGUAUGUUGAAAUAUACAACAACAGUGUAUAUGACUUGUUGGAUGAAGAUGAUAUCAGAACCAAAACACUGCAAAGUAAAAUAGUUAGGGAAGAUGGUAACAAAAAUAUGUAUGUACAUGCUGUCACGGAAGUUGAAGUGAAAAGUGCAGAGGAAGCUUUUGAGCUAUUUCAACGUGGACAACGGAAAAGACGCGUCGCGCAUACAGCAUUGAAUGCAGAGUCGAGUAGAUCGCACAGUGUUUUCACCAUCAGGCUUGUACAGGCACCUUUAGAUUGCGAGGGCGAACUUGUGAUGCAGGAUAAACGAGUCGUGUGCGUAAGUCAAUUAUCUUUAGUAGACUUGGCGGGUAGCGAGCGAACGAAUCGCACUAAAAAUACCGGUCAACGUUUACGAGAAGCAGGAAACAUUAAUAACUCUCUAAUGACUCUGCGGUCGUGUUUGGAAAUUUUGAGAGAGAAUCAGAAUCAGGGUACAAAUAAAAUGGUACCUUAUCGAGAUUCCAAGCUUACACAUUUAUUCAAAAACUAUUUUGAUGGAGAAGGACAGGUCAGAAUGAUAGUCUGUGUAAAUCCGAGAGCGGAUGAUUAUGACGAAACGAUUCAAGUCAUGAAAUUUGCCGAAAUGACUCAAGAAGUGCAUAUCACAAGAUCUAAUCCUGUAAAAUUGGACCUCGGUUUCACUCCUGGCAGAAGACAAGCGAAUAAAAUAUUCAAGGAAGCAAGAAGCAAAUUAGAAAGAGAAGGCCGACCGGAAGCAGCUGAUUUGAACAUUGAUCUAGGCCUAGUGUACAGUUUGGGCGGACCAUUUCCUCAAUUCGAGACUAUUACUUCAGAUAACGAUCAGUUAAUACAAUCUUUAAUACAAUACUUGGAACAACGUAUCAACAAGCGCAAUAUACUUCGCGCGGAUUUGCAAAAGAAACAAGAGGAUUUUAGACGGAUAUUAAUGGGAAUAGAGCAAGAAAAUGCAAGUUUAAGAAUUGAAGUAGCUUCGUUGAAAGCUACAAAUACAAAGCAAGUAAAACAGAUAUCGGCAUUUCAAGGUCAUCUUUGCGAAGCAGAAAAACAAAACGAUAAUCUUCGGUGUAAAUUAAAUAAUGCUAAUGAAACAGUGCGAAAUUUACAGCAAGAAGUGAAAGAUCGAGAUCUGGCAUUAAAUCUACGUGAGAUAGAUAACCGAAGAGCGAAGCAGAGAUUGAAUACAAAAUUUAAAGUUGAGACGGAAAAAAUGAGCAAAGAAAUGAAAAUACAACUACAGCAACAACGUGAACUUUUUGAGAAUAAAAUAAAGGAGAAUGGCGAUAGGUUACGAUUGAUAAGACAUAUUUCAGUUGACGACAAUGGCAUUAAUCUUGCAGUGGCCUCAUCGAAAGAACAAAUUCCAGAAUUGACAACGAGAGUAGUCAAUCCGAAUAGAGAUACUCCGAAUAGAGAUAGAGUAUCACGAAAGGAUAGAAUACCCAUUUCGAAUCCAAGGUAUAGACGAUCGCAAAGUGCCGAUAGAUGGAUCGAUCAUAGAUCUCAGCCUCUUGUACCAAUCGGGACUGUAUUGCAACCAAUGAUGCAAAGAAGACGGAGCGUAACGCAACUUACUUCUCCAAAAAAGAUUACGGAUGGUGCAUCUAGAUACUGUCUUGUCGCGCAAGAGCAUGAUACAGACGGAGAACUUGAAACAAUAUUGUAUAAGGGCGAUAUACUGCCAACAAGUGGCGGCGGAGCACAAGUAAUAUUUAACGAUAUGGAAUGUUUGAAACAAUCGUCACCGAAAGCGAGGAAGCGUACCGGACCUGGAGAAGAGGGAAUGGACCAAGUAGAUAUUUCUACAUUGACAGAAACAAAAAGACCACGAGUAUAAUACCCUCGUAACUUUGUCAUCUCGUGUCAUCAUAAUUUACUCGAGAGCAUAAGGCAAAUGAAAUAUCGAAGACGUGAGUGAUAUAUUUGAUGUAUACAUAUCUUUUUAUUCGUUCUUGUAAUCUAUCAAAGAUACACACACACACACACAUAUACACCCCUAUAAUCUCUCUUUAUAAUUCUUUUUUAUUGUUUUUAUAAGAUAAACAACAUUUGUAUAUCUGACAUUCAUAUGGGAUGGUUAUUACAAAAACGUACGACAAUAUAUGGAUAUUAUUAUACAUUGUUAUAUAUAUGUAUGCUAUUGUAGUCGUUAAUUAGAUGUUUAAACGGGAUUUUCCUAAUAUAAACGUGGAAAAAGUUUCAAAGUAGUCUCACAAUCAGUAGUCCGCAAGUAUAAAAAUAUAUAGGUAUACAAUUUUUAUAUAUGUUAAAUAUAUCUGUAGCGUUACGAUUAUUUGAAUUGUAAAGAUGUAUGUGGCCGAAGGGAUGGAUCUGGUAAUGAAUUAGUACCUGAGGUAUUUCUUUGCAAGUUUAAAAGACAACCUUCUUGCUCCGAGCUACAAUUGUAUAAUAUAUACAUGCAAUUACUGUCAAAUUCUUUUGUAUUUUUGUUGAUAAAUGUAUGCAUUGCUCUUGCGACUUACCGAUUCA